AGAAAACACAGCAAGAGGCAUAACUCACCAUGGCGCCUUCUACAAACUCAAGAAAACGGAAGUCUGUGAAAGAGGCGGAAAUAAUCACAUCUGACGUGGAGAGCGAUAGCGAUUUUGGAGAUGGCAUCCUUGAUGGAGUCCUGUCGCAAAGCGAAACUGGCUCGGAUGAGAGCGAGGGCGAAGAGGACGACGACAGCGACCUCGAGGAUGGGGAACUAGAGGCGCUGGACAGCGACGAAAUCCCUUCCGAAAGUGAGGCAGCUAAGUCGAAUGGAGCGGCACUGCCUAAAAGGCCAAUCAAUACAAAUAUUGUCGCCAGGCAGACUGCGAACCGCAGGGUUCUCGGCCUUCCCCAUCACGUCGAGGACGACGACGCGCCAAACUAUACGGUAACCACAGAUGCGAAUGGCAAUGAGAGAUACGAAUAUGAGGAAAUUGAACCUGGUUACGACUCCGACGACUCGGAUGCCGCAGAUCACGAGAAUACUAUCGGAGAUAUUCCACUCUCGUUUUAUGAUUCGUAUCCUCACAUCGGCUACAACAUCAAUGGCAAGAGAAUUAUGCGCCCUGCGAAGGGUGAAGCGUUGGAUGCUCUUCUGGAUAGCAUCGACGUGCCCAAGGGAUGGACUGGUCUCAUUGAUCCAGCAACCGGAAAGCCUUUGAACCUCAGCCAGGAAGAAUUGGAGGUCUUGAAAAGAAUCCAAAUGAAUGAGAUGCCCGAAGAUGGCUACGAUCCUUACCCGGAUACUGUCGAGUAUUUCACGAGCAUUCAAGAGGUUAUGCCUCUGAGUGCCGCACCUGAGCCCAAACGGCGAUUCCUGCCUUCCAAGCACGAAGCAAAGCGAGUCAUGAAAAUUGUUCGUGCUAUUCGUGAGGGACGUAUUUUGCCGCAUAAGCCAGAGGAGGAAGAGAAAGAGGAAGAUGAGGAAGUGCACUACGAUAUCUGGCAAGACGAGCAGCCUCGACCAGACCACAUCAUGAAUAUCCCAGCACCGAAGGCCGCACCUCCAGGAUACGAUAUGAGCUACAACCCACCGCCUGAGUACCUCCCUACAAAGGCUGAGAGACAAGCAUAUGAGGCAUUGGAUCCGGAAGAUAGAAAUAAGGAGUACUUGCCAACAGCACACGAUGCACUGCGCAAGGUUCCUGCUUACGAAAAACUCAUUAAUGAGCGCUUUGAAAGGUCUUUGGAUCUUUACCUUGCGCCCAGAGUUCGCAAGAAUAGGUUGAACAUCGACCCUGCCUCGCUUCUCCCGAAGCUGCCACGCCCAGAGGAACUCAGGCCUUUCCCAACGGUUUGCGCCACUCUGUUCAGAGGUCACGAGGGCCGCGUUAGAAGCUUAGCAGUUGACCCGUCCGGAAUCUGGCUUGCAAGUGGAGGUGACGAUGGUACCGUUCGUGUCUGGGAGCUUCUGAGUGGUAGACAGAUCUGGAGUGCUAAGAUUGGAGAUGACGAGGCUGUUAAUGUUGUAAGGUGGCGACCAGCGAGAGACGGAGUUAUCCUAUCCGCCGCAGCAGGCGAGGACAUCUACCUCCUUGUUCCUCCGAUAUUGAGCCCUGAAGUCGAGCUGGCAAGCAGAGCCAUUCUCGAUGCUGGAUUUGGUUAUGCCACGGGCCAGUCUCAAACUCUGACGGCAAAUGGCUUAAAAAAGGAGCCGCCGGCAAGAUGGACCCGCCCCGGAGCCAAGCUUGAAGACGAAGGUGUCCUCAUCAAAAUUACCGUCCGCGCCAACGUCAAAGUUAUCAGCUGGCACAGACGUGGAGACUUCUUCUCGACAGUCUCACCAACCGCCCAAAAGAGUGCUGUCGCCAUCCACACCCUCUCCAAGCACCUUACUCAAAUUCCAUUCCGCCGCCUUCCCGGACUUCCCCAAUUUGUCCAGUUCCACCCAUCUCGCCCUCUUUUCUUCGUCGCCACUCAACGCACAAUCCGCAGUUAUGAUCUCCAGAAGCAGGAGCUUGUUAAGAUCAUCCAGCCCGGAGCCCGCUGGAUCUCGUCUUUCGAUAUCCACCCAGGUGGUGACAACCUUAUCGUUGGUUCAUAUGAUCGUCGCCUCCUGUGGCACGAUCUUGACCUCUCUAGCCGCCCUUACAAAACCCUGCGAUUCCACGACAAGGCCAUCCGUGCUGUCAAAUACCACAAGGGUGGAUACCCUCUCUUCGCUGACGCAAGUGACGAUGGCUCUCUUCAAAUCUUCCACGGCAAGGUUGUCAGCGACCUUAUGGAGAACGCAACAAUUGUCCCUGUUAAGGUCCUAAAGGGCCACAAGGUCAAGAGUGCGCUGGGUGUCAUGGAUAUCGACUGGCAUCCAAAGGAGCCAUGGUGUGUUAGUGCUGGUGCGGAUGGCACUUGUCGUCUCUGGAUGUAAAUCCACUUAUUGUGACCCUAUCUGUUGUGCAAUCCAUAGCAUGGGCGUUUGGCUUGGUUAUGUCUUGUAGGAAUCAAUAAAAUAUACUUCGCUG